CUGGCCUUAACCAAAUUUGGAGAAACGAGAAGACGAAGUAGGAACGAAAAUAAAUAUUGUCCAAGAUGAAAGCAAGAUGCUGGGUCAUUUAUUUACUUCUACAUCUGACAGGCAAAGUGUCUUUGCAGGACUUUGCAAAUAAAUUUGAUCGUGUUGUUGGAGACUCGGUCACCUUGCCAUGCAUAUAUAAACUGCAAAGUACUGAUGUAUUUUGGCGACACAAUGUAAGCAGGAAAGUGGUAAGUAUUAUAAGUGGAAAGCCCUCACCAGAAAGCCAGGAUGAAAUAUUCAGGAAUCGAACAGAAAGUUUCCCUUCAGAGUAUCCUGAGGGAAACUACUCAAUUGAGCUGAAAGAUCUGGAGUUGACUCAUGCAGGAAUCUACACUUGUUUUUUACAAAAGACAAAUGAGAAAAGGAAAAUACAGCUUUUUGUCAGAGAAAAGCCUGAAAAACCAACUCCAAACCAGAGAAACUCAAGCAUGGAAACACAGUCACUGAAGAUUAUGCCCUUCCUAAUUGCUGUACUGGGACUCACUCUGCACCUUAUCUGAGAUUUGCUUCCAGUGCCUGUUACAUUUGGUAGCAUUUAGUGACAGUGACUAGCUGGGUUUGCUGUUGACAAUUGAUGCUACAGUUUUUAUUCUCAAUCUCAGUCUGUUAUUUUAUUGCUAGUUUAGAAGUUAUAAGUUUCAUACUCAUUACGUUUGGACGACUGGAUCGCACACAUGCUGUGUCUAUGCUAUCACCGACUGUGCUGUUGAGUUGAGUUCCGUUGAUGUGUUUUGUCUGUAUUAUUUGGGGUCAAGCACCACAGCUAUUUUUCUUCAUUAGUGGGUCAUUUCGUGUCAAAUCAACCAAAUAAAAAAAAAAUAUAUUCCCUGGUUCAAUUUUUUUUAUUUUGCUAAUAUUUUUUUCUGAAGAAAGACAUACAGUGAUGAAUGGCAAACUAUUACUUGUCAUGGAUGAAUAUUUAUGAGUAAUCCACUGUUUUGUAGAGGGGGUCAAAAUGACAAUUUUCCCCAUUUGUGGAUGGGGGCAUUGAACGUACCUGUCUGAGUUCCAUAAAUAUUCCUUUUCCAAAGUUUGUGUUCCUAUAACUCAAGAAGUAUUAAAGAUAUCGCAAUAUGAUAUGAAAUUCUAGUUCUCAAUAAACUUUUUCUUUUCUUAUUUUCAAGGCCCUACAUCAUUCAGUCCCAAAGGUAUGGGGAUCUGAAUUCAUUUUCAUCUUCAUAUUGUUGAGUAUUACUUGGUUGAAUACCAAAUGUUGGUCACUUUGCAUAGAACUAAUACUAUAUUUAAAGCAGAAUGUCUGAAGAAUAAGUAAUGUUUAAACUAGGAAUGCAUCUUGUUUCCCUCUGUCAAAACAAUUGUAUAGAACAUACCUGUUGGAGUGCUAAAAAUGUAUGUUAUAGGCAUGCACAAUUUGGAAUUGGAAUUUUAACAGACCUACCUACCAUUGUCUGGGUAAAAAUAAAUUUU